CAACAAUUCAGACUCCAAGCUCCCGCAAAAGGUCCCCUCAUCAUCGCUGACCACCAGCUUUGCCCACCCAGUCAUUGUCCUCCAUUCUCGUGGCAUGGCCCUGGUACCCACGGCUGUGUGAAUCUGAUUUACUUUUCAUUCAGCAUCCAUCGACCUCUUUCACCAACAUGCAGGAUCUACCUCCACGUUCUCAGUCUGUUAUGCAGACCACUAGUCCUACUUCAUUCCAGUUCAAAGCUACCAAACUAUUCCAAAAAGUCAACCAUCUUAGGGGGAAACUCCGAUUCGGAAACUCUUCACGAAAGAGCCAUGAUGAUUCCAUGACAGGUCAUCCAUACAAUGCUGCCCGCCACACCCCUCAUUCCAUGGAUCUCACCUCCCACAUGGCCGCAAAACCAUUCAUGUCUCAGCCCAUGCUCCUUCCUCAUCACCCUCGCCACAGCGGUAAUACAGCCCAAACCAAUCACAGAUCUUCCUUUUCAUCCCAAUCUGGUUCAUCUUCAACUUCAUCGCCCAGAAGAGCAGACGCUCCUUUACCAAACCCCGCUGUCAAACAGAUACAGACACAGACACAUACCGUCGCUGUUGGUCUAGCAACCGCACUCAGCGUUGCGGUAGGAAACCGCUCUGACCUUUCCGGAAAGGUUACUGCUGCGGAGGGACUACCACCACCACCGCCUCCUCCCCAACAAUCUCAUCUCUCAUCAAAACAGAUGAUGCCCUCUGGUGCACCGCCAACGCCAGCUGUUGAUAUCAGGUCGCGUGAGGACACAAAUAGUGCUGCGAAACGAGAACGAGAAAGGGAAAGCUCAGGGAAAGGAAAUGAAAAUGAAAAACGCGUCGAUGGUGUGGUUACUCUUGCUAGUUUGACUAGUCCGGAAUCGGAAACGAAGGCCGAGGUCGAGGCGAUUCCCGAAAACGGGAAUCAACCACCGGAAGCAACAGGACCGCUAUCUUUUUUACCAUCUGCAUCUGCAUCUGAUGAAGUUCGAAACAAGGUUCCGCCGGUACCUUCAUCUGCAUCCAACACGAACACGAACACGAAGGCGAUGGCGAUGGAAUCUGAAACUGAAACUGAAACGUCCCCUUCCCCUCCCCUGUCUACGUCUACGUCUAGGCACACACCUAGACCUUCUACAUCCACGUCUGUUUUGUCUACUCUUACGACAUCGUCGAGUGCGACUAUUACGCCGUAUACUUAUAGGCAUAGGACAUCUGAAAGAGAUAACGACGCACCAAUACCACCGGUUCCUUCGAUACCGAUACAAAGGCCGGGUGGGAUCUCGGCUACGUCCAGUACCAGUACCAGCAGCAGCAGUGGUAGCACUUCCACUACCACUACCUCCUCAAAUACAAAUAUCACCACUCCUUACGCGCGUAGACCAGCUGGAGCUAAAUCCACACCCAAAUUGACCUCACCAUUACCAGGCCAUAUAAGGUUGAGUCUAUCAGACGGAGAUACGGCCCCUGCUCGAUUGUCGCCUUCGAUUAUUAUUCGACAGCCUGUUUGGCCUAUUUUGAGUCUUCCUGCUGGGGGGAUGGGAAUGGGAAUGGCUUUGGAGAGGCCUGUUACGAGUCCUGGUUUUGGGGGUGGGGGUGCGGGUGGGGGGGCCAAUGUGAAUGUGUUUGAUUUUAGUAGAAGGCCGAGUACGAGUAGUACGACUACUACGGGACCGAAGUUGAGGCAUAUGCCUGCGUUGAGGAUGGAUGGGAAUGGGGGAGGGGAAGGUGGGAUGGGGCAGCAGACGGAGGAGGGUGAUGAGGAGGAGUUUAUGGAUGAGAGUGAGAGUUCGGAAGAGGAGGAUGGGGACGGGGGUGGUGGGGAGUUGAAUUCGGAGGAAGAUGGGGAUGGGGAUGGGUAUGACAGUGCGAGGUCGAGUACGAGGGAAAGAACGCCGACGUUGACACCUAAACCGGUCGUGCCGACGAGGAACACCCCUUCUUCUUCUCGGUUUGGGAAUCCGGCGCAAGGUUAUGAUUAUUUUUCUGGAGUGUUUUCUACCGCUGUGAAAAUGAAGACGCCAAGAGAGGAUCUGAAACCGACGUCGACGCCGUCGUUUUAUGGUACACCUGCGUCUACGCCUUUUCUUCAACAACUACAACAACAGUCAUUGGGAACACCUUCUCAUCAUCCUCUUCCUCCCAUGCUCCCGCCGAUGUUGGCUACACCCCCGUUAUCAUUGUCUUUGUCUUUCCCGUUUUCUUUGUCUCCCACGACGCCGCGAGAGCGAGCGCAAGUGGGAUUGGGGUUGGGGUUGAGCACAGGCGUGCAUAAGAGAGCGUCGAAGAGCAUGUUUGAUCUGUCGUCAUCGUUUAAAGAGGAUGGUGUAUUGGAUAAUGUUGGCGGGAUUGGGAGGAAGGUUGUUGAUGUGGAGGGUGGUGGUGGCGGUGGUGAUUGUAAAGAAGGUGUUGAGACAACGACAACGACAAAGACGACAACGACGAUGGAUGGUUCGUGUUCUACGCCGAUACAGACUCCGAGGGUUGUUUACCCGUCCACACCCAAACCCGUACCCACACCGACACCUGUCGUUCCGUCUUCGUCGUCGUCUUCUCCUCCUCUUUCUGAGGAUCGUGGAGACCCCUCAUUAAGAAGACGGAGAUCAAUGCCGUUGUUCACGCCAAGCUCACCACCACCGCCUUAUCCCACCUUUCACCACCACCCACCUCCAAGUUUAUGUGCUGCACUCAACCCUGGUGUCGCUCUCCCCCCUCCACCUCCACCCCCACUUCCACCCCAUGAAAUCCCAGAAGGCAAAGAAGAGCUCCCAGGGUACACUAAUAGUAUCUAUAUCCGCUCUGUUAUGCCGCGAAAAAUGGAAUUUACGAAACCGCAGGUGCCGGCUAAGGAUAGGAAAUGGAGGAGGGUGAUAUGUGAGUUGGAAGGGACUUGUUUUCGAGUUUAUGAGUGUCGGCAAGGGGCUGGUGGGGGUGGGGGGAGUAGGGUGAAGGGGUGGUGGGAGAGGAAGGUGGGAGUUGGGGAUGUGAGUAAGGGGGUUGGUGGGGUUGGAGCUGGGAGUGGGGGGAAUGUUGGGGCGGGUGGGGGAGGUGGGGGAGGGGUUGUUGGGGUGGGUGUGGGUGGUGUUGGAGGAGGGGAAGAGUUGAGUGAGGAGGAGAGGGCGAGGAGGAGGAGGAUGCAGAAGAUUGAUGUUAGUGAGGGGAGAGGAGGGAAUGAGGAGGAGGAGGAGAGGGUCCAGGAGACGGCGGAAGUUAGGAUUCCUGAUGUUCGUGGGAGGUCUGGUGCUAUGGAAGAGCGAGCAAGUCAGCAUCCGUCGAAGCAUAAGCAUACCCAGUCCAAGUCGAAAUUAUCCCAUUUUCUCAAACCGGGGAGAGGGAGUAAGUCACAUUCGAGGUCGAAUAGUGACGCUUCUGUUUCUGUUUCUGUUUCUCGGGGACAGAAUGGGAAUGGGAAUGAGACGUCAGCGACGUCUUCUACGAGGUCGUCGUUUAAUUUACCGAGGCCUUCUGUUCAAUCUCAGUCGGAGGAGAUUAGUGAGGUGCCGAGGGGACGGUUGAGGCGUUCGGGGUCGAGUCAUUCUUUGGUCGGGACGGCGAGUAGUACUGCCUCUACGAGGCGGAGUAGGUCGAUGGUUAGGCCUGGUGUGGUUACCUCUACAUCUGAACCUACAACAACAACAACAACAACAGUCAAUACUUCCACCCCAUCCUCCGCCUCUUCUCCUUCUUCCAACCCAAGCGACUGCCCACUCCCCUCCCCAUCAGACCUCAUCCGAGUGUACACCCUCCAAAACGCUGAAUCGGGGUUAGGCAAUGAUUAUCUAAAAAGAAAGAAUGUGAUCCGUGUUAGGAUGGAAGGAGAACAAUUUUUGUUGCAGGCGAAGGAUGUAGGGGGUGUUGUGGAGUGGAUAGAGGGACUUCAUUCUGCUGCGAAUGUUGCGUUGGAUUUGGAUGAGAGGGUUAUGCCGAGGGGGCCGUUGUUUCCUAGAAGGAGACGACGUCGUGCUAGACGGAUUCCUGAAGCUACUGGGAAUGGUGGAAAUCAUGGGAAUGAUAAUGGAGGAUCGACAAGUGCAAGUGUCAAUGGCCAUGGUACGACUGGUGCUUUGGAUCCACGAACGUAUGGUUAGGGAUUCGGGUCGUUUUCUACUUCUUAUGGGUUUUUUUAUUCAAGAAAAUUUACAUAAAUCUCACUCUCUCUCUUACCAAUCUAAUACUACGAUCGUUCCCUUUUUCUUCUUUAUCUUGGUUUUUUCCCCCCCAGGUGUAUUUUUUUAAUGGUUUAUGUUCUCUAUGAUUGCUCGUUUUUUACUACUUAUCUUCUUUUUUUUUACAAUUGUAGCAAUAGACUUACUGCUUACUCUCUCGCUCUUGCUAUCGAUAUUGUUAUUCCACA